AUUUAUUUUAAGUAUGUUUAUCUUUAUAUUUAUUUUAAGUAUGUUUAUCUUACAAUUGUUAGGUUUUCAUUAGAACAAUAUAAUAUGGAUAUAGUAUAUAUCUAGACAUGUUACCCAUUCAUAGUGAGUCUCACAAUAUUCCAGAUAAUGGAGGACCCUUACAUUGAUCGACUGAUAAAUGGGUUUGAGAGGCGACUAGGGCAAGAAAAGCUGAAAUGGGUUUUAGAUCAGUUUCAUGGAGAAAAGAGCACUGAAGAGAUGUUUACAUUCCUGUGGGAUUUAGAGGAUGCUCAUAAUAGCUUGUCACCUACGCUUAUGUCGUCUGGGAAGUCAAAUUCACAAUCUGAAAAGUUCCGAGAGGAAGGAGAAUAUCAUCUUCAUCAGGAAAAUUUUGAUAAAGCAUUAGAACUAUUGAAUUGCAGCUUAAUGGCAGCAGAACACCCUGCACUUUCAGAUCAUCUGCCUUAUGAUAAGAUUAACAACAAUGAUAGUAGCGCGUCUUUCAAAGAGUCCACAGUGCUUGCUAAUGUCUAUGCCUGUAGGUCUGCUGUGUUGUUUGAACUAGAACAGUACGAGGAAAGCCUGAGAGAUAUGGAGCAAGCUUUAAUGUAUGGUUUUCCAGAACCUGAACUCAAACAAAGACAAGACAAAUGCUUAUCAAUGCUAAUGAGAGAACCUGUUAUUUCCAAUGAUACAGAUGAUGUGGAUUUUGACGAUGUUUAUAGUAUGAUAGAUAAACUAAGAAAGGUUCCUGAGGAGAGCUGGACUUCCAAAGAGAUUUUGCAGUCUUCAAAGAAAAAACGUCAGCUUCCAAAACUUAUUGAACAUCAUCCAAAUGUACCAGCAUUAAGUAGUGCACUAAGAUUGAAAUACACGCCUACAAAGGGUCGGCAUAUUAUUGCCGAUAGAGAUAUAAUGCCAGGAGAAGUGGUAGCAUUAGAAAGGAGUUACUGCAAUGGCCUCUAUUACCAAGACUCCAGCAACCACUGUAACACAUGUCUGAUGGAAUGCCUAGCUCCACUUCCUUGCCCAAAUUGCUCAAUGGUAAUAUUUUGUAGUGAAGACUGCAGGGCUAUGGGUUUGUCUGCAACUCACUGGCAAGAGUGUAGUAUUCUCCCAACACUUGCUAUUUUAGAAAAAAGGGAAAAUAUUGUUACCUAUUUAGCAUUAAAGCUGAUUUUACAAACCCCUUUCACCACAUUGAGAGACAAAAUAUCUGUCUUGGAGAGUGAAGAAAAAGAAUAUGACCCCAUCAGACUUGGGUUUAACAGUAAGGGUGUUUAUAGCUCCACAGAAUAUAGACCGCUCUAUCACCUAGUACACAAUAAAAGCAAAAGAUCAAACAGGGAACUGUAUGAGACGUGCAUAACAGCUUUCGUUCUUACAAAAGUGAUCAUUAUGAGUAAACGGUACUUUAGAGACAGCAACGAGCAGCCCAUUGAAGUAAGUAGAGAAGAUCUCAUCUUGCUUGGUCGUCUCCUGUUCCAUCACAUUAUGAAUAUUUACUGCAAUGCGUUCCAGCUAAGUGAUAUGAAGUUGACUGCCCCUCCUAUCAAAACUGUUCUGAAUGUAUUUGGCGAAGGGAUCUUUCCUGGGCUGAGUCUCUUCAAUCAUUCUUGCAACCCAAAUGUCCGGCACUACAAUUACAGGGAUCAUCUUGUUUUGAGAGCUGUGCGGUUCAUUCCGGCUGGAGAAGAGGUGUGCACAACCUAUUGUGGAGCCUUCUAUCUAGAAAAUUUUGAAACCAGAAGACAAUAUUUAGCUGAAAGUUACAUCGAUUGUACAUGUGAAGCAUGUUUAGGCAGGUGGCCUAUGAAUGCAGACCUUCCCUUUGUGCUGAAGAUCAAGUGCACAUCCUGUUCGAUGCCUCUCUCCGAUUCGGGUCACUUCACAUUUUGCCCUUCGUGUCAUCUUAAUUAUGGUGAAACGCAUCGCGACGAAAAUACGCAAAUUUUGGUCGAUAAGUGGUGGUCCAUUAGCGAACAUCUUAAGAACAGUGAAAGUAAGAUGCAGCACAUACUAAUGAGGAAAAAGCUAGGCCAACCUGUUUUGCGAAAGGAUAUCGACAUUAUCAGCCAGUACCUUCAAUGUGCUGGGAAACACCUGAAGCUUCCUAACUUAGGCUUUUGCUACGGGAUGGAUACAAUGUUCCUAAUAUUCUGCCUCGAGUUUUGUUCAGGUGGUAGCGAUAAAUAAAUAACCUGUCGAAAGAGAUCCUAGCGCAGAUCAUUCAUUUCCAAGUUUAUAAAUUCUUCUGCGAAAACUCUCGAGUUUAUAAUGCAAGGCCUGAAGCUUGGGCUUUUAAAAGAUAUUUUUCAUAAUUUAUGGUGGAAAUGCACGAUUACGUUCUUUAACUACAAAAGUGAAGACAGGGUUAAAGGCAAGAUUUGUCAUAAUUUUGAUACUAUUACACACGAAUUUCAUUGGAUCUAUUACCUGGGGUUAUUGAAAGUAUUUUGCCCAUUAUUUAUGUUAAGGAUUUUAUUUUCAUUGUUUUAAACCGAUCUUCCAAAAUUUCUUUUAGAGUUCAGAUAAUGAUAUGAAUUGCUGAUAUUAAAAAGGCCUUUGUUGUGUAGACGUUAUGGAAUACUAUGUGUUGUAAAACACCUAAAAAUUUGUAGAAGAGUUUAUUGAAGUGGCUGUGUUUUCUUCUUACACGAAGAUAUGCAUUAUUAGGUUGUCGAAAUACGCAUCAUUUUCCAAGUUGUUGCAGCUGAUGUGAAAUUUAUGACAUCAUAGAAAUAAAACUAUUUUCACUGAAGCAAAUCAAUUAACAAUAUUUAUGGAAGAGAAUUCAGCUGACCUGAUAUCAUCCGAAAGUCUAACUGAUAAUAAAUUUACUCUGCA